CAGCAACUCUAGCUUCCCACACGUGUCCUCUUCGCGAAAGAAAUGGCGUUGUUGUAUGGUUGCGUUAAGAAAAUAUACAGAUUCGUUCUUAAUUGCAAAUGAAAAUGAAGUUAGUUGUGUGAUAAUCAUCAUUAAUCACACACUGAUCGGAGAAAACUCAAACCACGAGAAAGAGAGAGAGAUCUGACUAAUUUGGCGAAUUUGUGGAGGGAAUCUAAACGAUGAAGGCGGAGAAGAGUCCGAUUCAGUCCGUGAUGUCGUGGAUUCGCCGGCAGCCGCCGAAGGUAAAGGCAUUUCUUUGUGUGGUUUCGGCAAUGACGGUGCUCGUUUUCCUCAGGGUGAUUGUCCAUGAGCACGACAACCUUUUCAUCGCUUCCGAGGCUGUCCAUGCCCUCGGAAUCUCUGUUCUCAUCUAUAAGCUCACCAAAGAGAAGACUUGCGCUGGGAUAUCUCUCAAGACACAGGAGCUAACGGCUCUGUUUCUGGCUGUCCGAUUGUAUUGUAGUUUUGUAAUGGAAUUUGAUCUUCACACAUUGCUCGAUUCAGCUACUUUGGUUACGACUCUUUGGGUCAUCUAUAUGAUCCGUUUCAAGCUUAGACCUACUUAUAUGGAAGAUAAAGACAAUUUUGCUAUAUACUACGUUGUGAUCCCAUGUGCUGUUGUAGCUUUCCUCAUUCACCCAUCAACACGUCACCACAUCAUAAACAGGCUCUUUUGGGCAUUCUGUGUUUAUCUUGAAGCUGUUUCAGUUCUUCCUCAAUUAAGAGUCAUGCAGAACACUAAGAUCGUGGAACCUUUCACAGCACAUUACGUAUUUGCUUUGGGAAUCGCUAGGUUCUUGAGUUGUGCACACUGGAUCCUUCAGGUGUUGGAUUCGAGAGGGCGGUUACUGACUGCAUUAGGGUAUGGACUAUGGCCUUUAAUGGUUCUUCUCUCUGAAAUCAUCCAAACCUUCAUUCUUGCAGAUUUCUGCUAUUACUAUGUUCAAAGUUUAAUGGGUGGACAGCUCGUUCUUCGUCUCCCGUCUGGUGUGGUGUAAGAAGCUUUGCCUAAUGGGUUGCUUUGAGCUUAUGGAGGUUUUAAUGAUUAGAGAUUUUGAUAUACUAUAGUUUAAAUAUAUUUUUUAGCAAAGAAGCAUUAAUCAGAAUUAGUUUUCCAUAGUAAUGUUUAGUUCGGAUUUCGUUGUGAUGACGUUUUGACUCCACGAUCAGACACAACGCUUUAUAGUUCCAACUUUUGACGCUUAAAAAAUAUAACCAGCUGUUUUAUGG